AAAGCAAGGUGGCUUUCUCUCGUUCCUUUUUCUUCAUCGAUAGUGGUUUCGGGAGAACUAAACCGAUCGGAACGGCGUCGUUUCGUUCGUUUCACGGGCAUUUGUUCGGAGUUGCACUGCGGAAAUGCAGAGGAGAAGACUUGAUGUAGAUGAUUUCUUUGGUAUCGGUGACUCAUUUGCCGGGCUUAGUGUCCUCGGAAGACCGGGGAGCUUGAGGUCUGGCUUCUUUGGCCGUAGGAGUACUUUCGAUGACGCUUUCUUCAGUCGGUCAUUUGGGGACGGACCAAGCUUCGUUCCCGGUGGUAGCAGGUUUGCUCAUCAAGUAAGCCCUUUUAGAGAGAGGAGCGAUCCCGGAUUUCUGGAUCAGCCUCCCCCAGCAAGUAAAUCAACACGGCCAAUCAUUGAGGAGCUAUCUUCUGAUGGUGAAGACCAGGGACAGAACGCGGAUAAGGUGAAGGGGAAGAGCGUCCGAAGACCUUCUAGGUCGAGCAAACAGAAACAACCCUAUGUUCAGGAUCCCGAUGAAGCAGCAGAAGGGAACAAAAGCAGACACAAUCACCUCAGGAAUGACUUCAGCCGUUCAAAAACAAUGCUGCCACAGGGUGGUAGCUAUGCUUUUCGCAGCUUAUCUGUGACUUAUGGUGGUCCAAACGGAGCGUAUUAUGCUUCAUCAACAGUCAGGAGAACCGGUGGUGAUGGAGUAAUUGCGGAAGAGAGCAAGGAAGCUGAUGCUACUACUGGUAAAGCGAUUCACAGGAUAUCCCGUGGAAUCGGUCAUAAAGGCUACACGGUAACAAGAAAACUGAGUUUGGAUGGGAGGGUGGACAUGUUGCAGACAUUCCAUAACCUCGAUGAAGAUGAACUACCAGGCUUUGAGGAAGCUUGGCAGGAGAGUGCUCAACACAACUUGCCUCGAUGGAACUCUGGACAUGGCAGUGGGAAGAGCAGCAGUGCCAUGGCAUGGACACUUCCAUCGACCGAGCGACCAGUCAGGUCAUCAGCAAGCACCAACUUUCCUAGAAUUCGAAGCUCAGUUUGGUAAGGUAAUAUUAUUAACACUGAGAUCUAUGUUUAGUUGGAGUCGAAGCUCUAUGUUUUCGCCUUAUAAGACUACACUUUAUGGAUGUCUCCUCUGCAAACCAAGCUGUGAAGAGUUCAAUAGGCUGUCGUGUAACCGUGUGUAAGAAUGAGAACGGGACGUGGCGGAGAAAGCUGACAAUUUUGUACCCUUGAUCUCCUGUUGUGAACUUGAUGUGUGUUGCGAACUUGUUAUCAUUAUGUGAUAGCAAAAGGCUAUACGUGACUGAGUGGGAUUUGUUUGGGUGAAAUCAAGCACAUGA